UGCUAUUGGAGCGGUGAUGAGUUAAUUUUAAAUUUGAACGCAUCGCUUCAAUGAUACUACAAUUUUUUUUCUCGUCAUUGUUAUUUAACGUAUCUUAAACAGUGUAAACGUGUUUUUCUUUUCAUCUUGUGUUUGUAGAGUCGCCUUCAAUAUACGUCUAAGAUAUUGAUUUUUAAACGUUGGAACUUGUUUUAAACUUUCCGUCGUAAUCAUUUCGUUUACGGGCUUUUUUUCGAUAUUUAAUAUUAAUUUGUUUAACCUAACCAUAGUUUUGUUAAAUAUAAUAACGGUUUCGUUGUUAAACAUAAUGAGUUAAAAUAAAAAUAACAAGUGUGUGCUGACAAAGAAAAAGAGUUGGAUGUGCAAUAAUAAAUUCUUCAAAAAUAAAGAAGAGUAGAAAUUGGCUACGCCAAACAAAGAAAAAAAAGUGGAUUUAUAACAACAAAAACUAUACAAAAAAGUAAAAUAUACUCCCUAACUUGUUUGGUUGGUUAGUUGACUAGCUGGAAUGGUUGACUGACUUCCCAUACACAUACUCGUUCGUGUAUACAUUUCGUAGUAGUAUCAGUAACAAAUUCGUAGUAUUGCUCAUUGGUAUUCAGCCACUUGGAGCUAGUUUGUCAUUAUAUCCCGUCUAAUGCACAGAAAUCACGGCGCGUCUUGUGAUCAUAUAAAGUAAAUGACUGAUUGCUAGUUAAACCACCAACAACAGCAGCAGUAGCCGCAACCAAAUGAGGAAUCUUGUGAUUACCUCUUUUGGAGUAUAAAUUUAAUAACUAAUGGACUGUGAUUUGGAUAGCAGUGGAAAUAUUUAUACCUACACAACCUCAAACACUUACAACAUACAUACAUACAUACAAAAAAAUAAUGCUACUAACCAGCUACUGCAAACAACUCAUUAGCUAGUUUAGUUAAAACCAUCUAAGUGUUUAAAACCUCUUAAAUUGUUGCCAACAAAAAAUUAUAAAUUUAAACAAAAUGUUUUACAAAAACAACUCACUAAAUUCUUAAAAAUAAUAAAAAAUCCACAAAACUUUUUCUUAAGCCCCUUUUUUCCUUAAAGUUGGGCUCUUUUAAUAAUACAAAAAAAUUACAAUUAAAAAUCAUUAAAAAACCAAAUCUCCUCCUAGUGUUUGUUUAAGUUAUUAACGUGUUUUCGUAAAAAACGCCACUCACAAUUAACUGUGUUCCGUGUAUAGUAUGCGAAUUAGUUCACAGUGGAUUCAACGAAUAAAAUGGCCGUUGGACCGACGGAGGGCAAGCAACAACCUCCAACAGAAACCUUCUCACCCGCACCUGCACAUCAAAUUAUAGCACCCAGCCCGAUAUUGGCUGUACCGACGCUUGCCUUUUCCGCCGCUCAAGUGGAGAUUGUAUGCAAAACAUUGGAGGAUUCUGGUGAUAUUGAACGUUUAGCCAGAUUUCUCUGGAGUUUACCAGUGGCCUUGCCGAAUAUGCAUGAGAUAUUAAAUUGUGAAGCUGUGCUCAGGGCCCGUGCCGUUGUCGCCUAUCAUGUUGGAAACUUCAGGGAACUUUAUGCAAUAAUUGAAAAUCAUAAAUUUACAAAAGCUUCGUAUGGCAAAUUACAGGCUAUGUGGCUAGAGGCCCACUAUAUAGAGGCUGAAAAAUUAAGGGGACGUUCGUUGGGUCCUGUCGAUAAAUAUCGUGUACGUAAAAAAUUCCCCCUGCCACCCACCAUCUGGGAUGGUGAACAGAAAACGCACUGUUUUAAGGAACGUACAAGAAGUUUAUUGCGUGAAUGGUACCUACAAGAUCCCUAUCCGAAUCCAACGAAAAAACGAGAAUUAGCCAAAGCGACGGGUUUAAAUCCAACACAAGUGGGAAAUUGGUUUAAAAAUCGACGACAAAGAGAUCGAGCAGCGGCGGCGAAAAAUAGAUUACAACACAAUCAAAACUCUGGUAUGGGACGUAGACGACCCGAUGGUGCUCCCUCUCCAACACCCUCUGACACCUCAGAUUCAGACAUUUCACUGGGCACACAUUCGCCCGUACCCAGUAGCUUGCAUUUACAACACAGUCCCGGUUCCACCUCGAACGGAGCCAACGAUCGUGAUGAGAGUUUAAGCGUGGACGAUGAUAAGCCGCGAGAUCUCUCUUCCUCUUUGUCAUCAACCAGUAUACCUGCAUAUCCAACGUCGGCAUUGCCACCAACCUGCUUGCCCGCCUUUAAAUUAGACGCAGCAGCAACAAGUCUCUUUAGUGCGGGUUAUUUGCAAAGUUUUGCCAAUUUCAAAGAAAUGACCCAACAAUUUCCCAUACAACCCAUGGUUAUAAGACCACAUCCACAGCUGCCGCAAGCUUUGGCCAGCCUCAAUGGUAAUCAUUUACAUCCGAAUUAUGCCUCUACCGCCUAUGCUGUUGAUUGUUCCACGCAAGCAACAAGCGCGGCAGGACAACCACCAAAAAUACGCGUCAAUUCACCCGAAAAACUUAAUUCAGCAGCCAAUUCAAUAGCGGCCACACUAACCGCAGUAGCUCAUCCACAUCUUGCCCAUCACCACCAUCAUCAUCAUAAUCAUCAUCACAAUCACCCAGCACCUCCCUCAACCAUACAAGAACACUCCAGCAGUCCUUCGGCCACCUCAACAACAACAAGUUAUCAUCAUAACGCACAAUUGCUACAUCGACCUUUUUCAACAUCGCCUGAUAUUAAUCAUAGUGCCACCGAAAUAACAUGAUAUCGUACAAGAGUACAGUGAAAUGACAAAAAAUCCUUAGAGGAUCUAGUGUACAGUGCGUGUAAGAGUGAGAAAGGUCGUUAGACUAAGUGUUAAGCAAGCAAGAGCAAAAAACAAAUCCCUUAAUCCUGAAAACGUAAUUUUUUCUUUAUUAGAAAUUUAAUUAUUAUGAAACUAAAACAAAAUAUUUAAAAAGAUUUAAAGCAAUCAUUGUUAGAUAAAGAAAAUCUCAAAAAUUAAAACUUUAAUAAAAAAAAACGGAAACACUCGGCAAAAAUUAGUUAAA